GCAAGCGCCUGGCUGCGCAUGCGCCACAAGGAAGCUGGUGCCUUGUUGAUUGUGGACGAUGGGUCCCCUCCCCGGGGCAGAAUUGGUGAGGAGGCCGUUGCAGCUCUACCGCUACUUGCUCCGUUGCUGCAAGAAACUGCCGGGGAAGAACGUCCGAGACCACUACAAGCACACGAUCCGGCAGAGCUUCCAAGUCCAUGCGGACGAAGACAGUCCAGAGAGGAUCCAGCAGAUUAUCAAGAGGGCCAUUGAAGACGCCGACUGGGUGAUGGAGAAAUAUAAGAAACAGAAGUAAGAGGAGGAAAUGUGGACGGAGGGGAGACACCUUCUUUCUUGACUGGAUUGAGAAAACCGGUUUGGAACAACAAACUGUUACCAGAACCCAUGACUUUGUUUCACUGAUCGUAAAAUGCAAAGCAAUCCACUUUACCUUGAUGAGACCAGGUUGCGUUUUAAGAAGUUCUUUAGCAUUAUCAAACAUCCAUUAGUGGACACGUGGUUACGUUACCAAGAGCAACCCAACUUCGACUUCAAAUUUGAAUGUUGAACUCCAUGAGAAUAGAAGUCAGUGUUCUGUACUUGUUCAGAAAUUGUUAUGAGAUUGCAGUUCAGCAAGUUGUACUUACAGGACUUGGCUUUCAAACUAAUAAAGAAUGUAGCUGUGUCUUUGCUAGAAUUUUGGGGAAACGGCUAAGCCUUGGGUUGGAGGCUGCUGAAGACUUGUUUAAAACAGUUGUCUAGCUGCCACAAUGAAGACAUCAGGGGGGUCUUCCACAUGUCAUAGAUUCAAGGAUCCAUUCCUGGUUUAAACUGAAGCUGUACAAACGAGACGUGUGCUAUUUUCUGAAACGUGUGCCAAAUUAUAUUUUGUCGGAUUGCAUUAAUAGUUGACAUGGUUGAGGGAUCCAUCCUUCUGCAUGCCGUGGAAAUAAAAUCUGGGAAGAUUA